CCAGCGCCAGCGGCCUGACUUUAAUUGUGAGCAAGUUGAAGUACUGAAAGGUGUGUGUUGAAAAAUGAAGAAAGUUUUUGGAUUGAAAAAUAAAAAGAAAACUGACGAAUCUGAUGAAGAUAAUCCAAGCUAUACAGAUCCGAGUUUACUUCACGCCACUGACCCUUCACCAAGGAUAUCUAGAGGCAUUACUCAUCCUGUCUAUCCGCCACCGAGGCCAUGUCAUAGCGGAGGAAAUUCGCCCAAUCCACGGCGAAAAUAUCAGGAUCCAAAUGUUCCGCCAAGCGAUAGAAAAGGUUCUAUAAAUGAAAGCAACAGGAAUAGUCUUCUAAAUCCCCCUACUGGCGAACCAAUGCACGCUCUACAAAGAACAAAUACUUCAGUUAUAAUUUCAGAUGAAAAUGACUAUGCCGACCCCAUUGAUGCACAACGAAGAGAUGAACUCAUUCAUGACAUCAAAAAUAAAUCACUUAGAGAUGACUAUUGUGAACCAUGGGACUCCACAAUGAGAACCGAUGCUGCAAAUGUGAUAGUAAAACAAACUAUGAACAAUGAUAAUCAUAGCGAUUAUGUUGAUCCAUAUGAUACAGGGAAAGACAUAAUUAUUGAUAAAAGGUUAAGCAGAGGAAUAGACCCAAGACGAAGUGGAGCUGACAUUGAUUCCAGGAAUCCAUUGAGCACUGUGUCAGGUAAUGACUAUGAUACUCCUUGGGACUGGGUACCAAAGAAUACAGUGAUCAAAAGUUCCAUACCAUCACAGCAAUCAAAUGCCAAUGUGGGCAACCAAACUAACAAAGGAGACGCGGAUGAUUAUGAUGAACCUUGGGAAAAGAUGCAGAGCUACCUUUUUAAGACACAAGUCCCAGGACCUGGAGGGAAACCACGUUCCCCUGUGCCACUACCUAGACAGUCACAUGCUAGUGGCAGUAGAAUCUUUGAGUCAUCUAGGGAUGCAAGUAAGUUUGCAGGCCCACCAGUUCAAGUUGAUAGAGUUUAUGAUGCUCCAUGGGAUGGAACUAUUGGAAAAACAACAAACUCUGCUGAUGACUACGAUAUGCCAUGGGAAUACAAGAAUAAGCUCCCCAUCAUGGGAAAACCUGCCCCCUUCCAUCCAGUGAACAUUGUACCAAAGGAAAUUGAUCCAAACACACCACUUGACCAACAAAGUUGGUAUCAUGGUCGAUUAACGCGACAACAAGCUGAGGAAUUACUUAGCGAGGCACCUGACUGUAGUUAUCUUGUUAGGGACAGUGAAAGCAGUAAGAAAGAUUUUUCUCUGUCAAUGAAGAACAGCGAAAAUUUCCUUCAUUUGAAGAUUGUACGUCAAUUAAAUGGGGAAUUUAUUCUUGGUCAAUUUAGCAAACCUUUUCCAGACAUUCCUAAGGUCAUUUAUCACUACUCCAAAAACAAACUGAAUAUUCGCGGUGCAGAACACAAGUAUUUACAGCAUCCUAUAAGUUCUCAACCUGAGUAUCAUACAAUCGAACCAGAUGAUGAUGAAAAUGACGUUGCUUUGUAAAGAAAGGUUCUGUUGUAAUUGUAUUUAGUAAUUCAUCACGUCCACGUUGCUACAAAGAGAAUAUCAAAAAAAUUCUUCAAUGAAUGAAUACCCAAUUCAUGCAUGCAUUUAAACUGUAACGCUCCAGAUUAACUGUUUAACAACUACUCGCAGUCUAAAUAUUAUGUUGGAGCUUUAACUGUACUUAAUGUUAACGUGAAAUGAAGUUAAAGUUUACAUCGACGUGAAAAUGGUUACAAGAUACAAUACGAAACGCUCGAUAUAAAAUGAAGAUUUAUGACUGAGUGAAAUAUUUCCAAAUGCUUACAUUCCUAUGAUUCAUAUUAAAUAUAACAAAAAAAAAAUAAAUAUUCAAUUUAAUCCAGUUCACAUCCUAAA